AUGGAAGUGCGAAAAAACAAAGAAUCAAGUACUUAUUAUGUCACAAAGUUCAUCGAGGUACACCACCAUGCAAUGAUGACACCAUCUAAAGUUUAUUUGCUUCGCUCACAAAAACACAUGGAUGAGGGGGCUAAGCGAUUAAUUAAGAAGUGGAGUGAAUCUGGUCUAGACACACCAAAUAUUAUGAGCAUUCUCUCACAUGAAGCUGGAGGAAUUACUGGAAUUGGAUUUGAUGAAGACCAAUGUAGGAGCUACAUUCAGAAACUAAAGAAGCAAACAUAUGGCAAUGAUG